ACCCCGACACACCUGCACCCGUACACUUCACUUACCCUAACACACCUGCACCCGUACACUUCACUUACCCUGACACACAACUAUACUCCUGACGCCUUCCUCACCUCUCUGAUCUCUGACCCCACAGGACCUACAGAAGGUCAUUUACGUGGACGACAACAUAAGCAGCCUCAUGGACACUGAGAGCGGUGUCGUCACAGGUGGCAACACUGAGAAGGCGGGGUCAUCGGGCUCAGAGGGGCAGCAGACUGACACAAGCAGAGCGGGCAUUAGGACCCUGAGGGUCAGUCCUGAUGGACAGCACCUGGCCUCUGGAGACCGCAUAGGAGUCCUCAGGAUCCAUGAUCUGGACAGUAUGGAGGAGAUCAUGAACGUUCAGGCUCACGACUCAGAGAUCCUCUGCCUCGAGUUCUCCAAACCUGAUACAGGUGAGAAAAUACAGAAUAUAAAACACUGUAUAGAAAUACUGUUUAUUACAAAAUAUGUAAUAAGUUUCACGCACUCAGGACAAAAUAGGAUUCUGUUAUUUGUAUUUGAUGAGAGUAGCUUCACAUUUUGGAUCACACCCGCGGGCCGUCGGGUCCUGGCGGCAGCUUUUGGUCUGUGCACACAGCAACUAUGUUAGCUUCAU